AUGCGAGCACGGAGGCAGGGUAAGUCUUUCAAAUGUUAUUUGGAGGUACCUUAAAUGACUCCCUUGACAAAUUCAAUAAUAUUUCCCGAAUUGGAUCAGCAUGCUUAUUUUUCCUUAAAUCUGUGCCCCACUUUGUGGUCUACGUCAUUUUUUGUGUCCUUUCUGGUCUACUCCAGAAAUAUGUGUUGUCCCUCAAGCCACGUGCCACCUCCAAAGUCGUCCAACUCAAUCGAAUAACCUUUAAGUCACAGGUGGAGGGAAUGAGGUCCCCAGCCCUUUAUUGGGUCGUCGAAUUCUACGCUUCGUGGUGUGGGCCUUGUUGGCGAUUCUCACAACUCAUGGAUUCUUUGUCAAAUCGUUUCCACAAAGAGAAUCUGAAAUUUGGAAGGAUCGACGUUGCCCAAAACCCCCAGGAAUCCGAAAAAUAUAAAAUUGAUACUUCCGUGUGGACUAAACAACUUCCGACUGUCAUUUUGUUUAAGGGGGGCGUAGAGAAGGCCAGAAUCCCAGUCAUUCGAGCACACCGUUUGUCCUAUGGACAGGCGAAUUGUAUUACCGAGGUCACAAAGACUUGGAGAGAAGUCCCCGUUCAGGGUGGAUAUUACCGGACGAACUGGUGGUUGCUGCUCCUGGAUCACAGGGAUCAAUUCAUCAAACUUAAAAAUGAAGAACUGAGAAGGCGAGUGAUGUAA